AAACACUUUUGAUAUUUUACUUAUAAAAUAUGAGCCAAUUGUUAUUAAGGAAUAAGUGCAACAUAGUUUGAUCAUCAAGCAAACACACACGGAUACUGCAGUUUUCAUUGUGAUCUUGGAUUUGAUUGGUGCAAUGAUUGGUCGCAUCAGUUAAGAUUUAUGAAGAAUAGGCAAAGUACAUAUUUUUUGUAUAGUUGACAGUUGAUAUCUUAUUACACUAAGAUGGUGAAGGAACAAUAUAGAGAAACAGACGUGGCUAGAAAGAUAUCACAUGUCUCCUUUGGAGUUGACAGUAGGCACCAUAUGAAACAGCAGGCUCAUUUACAUGUUGUGGUUAAAAAUCUUUAUAAUGAACAAAAUCAUGCACCUCUGUCUUAUGGGCUUCUUGACAAAAAACUUGGAACCUGCUCUAACAGCAAUAAUUGCGGUACUUGUGAGAAACCUUUGAAUGAAUGUGUUGGACAUUUUGGCUAUGUAGAUUUAGAACUUCCAGUAUUUCAUGUUGGUUAUUUUAGAUCAAUUAUUGGAAUUUUACAAUGCAUUUGUAAAAAGUGCUCACAUGUAAUGCUUAAGUUGAAAGAUAAAAAGAUGUAUCUUGACCGAGUGCUUAAUCCUAACUUGAACUAUUUAAGUCGAAAAGCUUUAAAGAAACAAAUUUUAGAAAAAGCAAAAAAGUGCACAAUUUGUCCAAAUUGUGGAGAAUUAAACGGGACUGUCAAGAAGGUUGGAUUUUUGAAAAUUGUUCAUGAAAAAUACAAAACUAAGAAACCUACAGAUCCACUUGUUCAAUCCAAAUUAGUAGAAUAUCAAAGAGCAUUGGAGGACAACAAAGAAUUGGAGAGCUUGUUACAGAGUGGAUUGAUAUCGAUCCUCAAUCCAUUGGAUGUCUUGGGUAUUCUUGAGCGUGUGCCUGAAAAAGAUAUUCCUUUGUUAUUGAUGAAUCCACAGUGCAGCUUACCAAAGGAUUUAAUAUUAACAAGAAUCCCAGUUCCACCAAUAUCUAUUCGACCAAGUAUAGUUUCCGACUUGAAGGCUGGAACCAAUGAAGACAAUUUGACAGUGGCACUAACUCAAAUAAUGUUAAUCAAUGAUGCAAUCAUAAAGCACCGUCAUUGCGGAAUGAAAAUGGAAAUGUACAAUGACGAUUGGGAAUUUUUACAGCUGCAUUGUGCUCUUUAUAUCAACAGUGAAGUAUCUGGCAUUCCUUUGAACAUGCAACCAAAGAAGGCAGGUCGUGGUUUGGUUCAGAGGUUGAAGGGUAAGCAGGGAAGAUUCAGAGGAAAUUUGUCUGGCAAGAGAGUGGACUUUUCUAGCAGAACAGUAAUAUCACCAGAUCCCAAUCUUCGCAUUGACCAAGUUGGCGUUCCCAUCCACGUUGCCAAAAUACUGACUUAUCCUGAAAGAGUGAACAAGUGUAACAUAGAGUUAAUGCGAAAGCUCGUGCUGAACGGGCCAGACGUGCAUCCAGGAGCAAAUUUCGUCGUCGAGGGUAAAACUCAGUUCCGUAAGUUCCUGAGAUACGGCAACAGGCAGAAAAUCGCUCAGGAUUUGCAAUACGGCGAUCGAGUCGAGAGACACCUACGCGACGAUGACGUGGUGUUGUUCAAUAGACAGCCUUCGCUGCACAAAUUGAGUAUCAUGGCCCAUAAGGCGAAAGUCCUGGAGAAUCGUACGUUUCGGUUCAACGAGUGCGUCUGCACGCCCUACAACGCCGACUUCGACGGAGAUGAGAUGAACUUACACUUGCCGCAAACCGAAGAAGCAAGAGCCGAGGCAUUGGUGCUGAUGGGCAACAAAUCCAAUCUGGUGACACCGAGGAACGGUGAGCUAUUGAUUGCGGCAACUCAGGACUUUAUAACCGGCGGCUACCUACUCACCCAGAAGGACACCUUUCUCAACAAGGCUCAAGUCAGUCAGUUGAUCAGCUGUCUGCUCUGCGACGCGGAUACGACUAUGAGCAUAACUCUACCGAGGCCGGCAAUCCUGAAACCGGCGCUCAUGUGGACCGGCAAGCAAAUAUUCAGUCUGAUCCUGCGGCCCAACGACAAGUGCCCUGUGAAGGCCAAUUUGAAGACCAAGGGCCGAGCCUACACGAGCAAUGAAGAGCUGUGCAUCAACGACUCGUACGUGAUCAUCAGAAACUCGGAACUGCUGGCGGGCUCGAUGGACAAGUCGACUUUGGGCAGCGGUGCCAAGCAAAACAUCUUCUACGUACUACUGCGCGACUGGGGCGAGGACGCAUCGACGCUUGUGAUGUGGCGCUUGGCCCGCAUAGCCAGUUACUUCCUGAUGAAUCGCGGUUUCUCCAUCGGCAUCGGCGACGUCACUCCCGGCCACAAACUCCUCGAGGCCAAGCAGGAGCUGCUCGAACUCGGCUACAGCAAAUGCACUGAGUACAUCGCGAAAAUGGAGGCGGGCAAACUGCCCUGUCAACCGGGCUGCACACAAGAGGAGACCCUCGAGGCAAUGAUCCUGAAAGAGCUGUCCGUGAUCAGAGACCACGCCGGAAAGGCCUGCUUGAAGGAGCUACACCCGUCUAACAGCCCUCUGGUAAUGGCGUUAUCCGGUUCUAAGGGCAGCUUCAUCAACAUCUCCCAGAUGAUUGCGUGCGUCGGUCAGCAAGCUAUCAGCGGACAUCGCGUGCCUAACGGCUUCGAAGACCGGGCGUUGCCCCACUUCGAGAAGUACUCCAAGGUGCCGGCUGCCAAAGGCUUCGUUGAGAAUUCGUUUUACUCGGGACUUACUCCCACUGAAUUUUUCAUGCACACGAUCAGUGGUCGCGAGGGUCUCGUCGAUACCGCGGUCAAGACCGCCGAGACCGGAUACAUGCAAAGACGAUUGGUCAAGAGUUUAGAAGAUCUCUGUCUGCAUUACGACAUGACGGUGAGGAACUCGGUAGGGGACAUAAUUCAGGUGAUGUACGGCGGCGACGCUAUGGAUCCAACCUACAUGGAGGGCAAAGACUGCCCCGUAGAUUAUCAGCGAGUUCUCAACGACGUCAGGUGCAGGUCGGUUUACUCCAAUGAGGAUCCGCUCGACGGCCCCUCAAUCAUCAAAGCCACCAGUGAAUUGCUCAAGUCCGAGGAGUACUCAUGCCUGAGCGAGGAAUUUAGCCAGGAGCUCGUUCAGUUUCUUAAGUCUCAAGCCAUCCGAGUGGAGCGAGCGCGCAAGCAAAUUGUGGCCACAGCGUCGAAAGCUCCGGUUCACAAGUACAUUGAGCGCCUUACUGUCUCUCAGCUCGUCGAGUUCAUCCACACCUGUAAGGAAAAGUACAUGAAGGCCAGGAUCGAACCGGGCACCGCGGUUGGCGCUCUAGCAGCGCAGAGUAUCGGCGAACCUGGCACACAGAUGACUCUUAAGACUUUCCAUUUCGCCGGAGUUGCCUCAAUGAAUAUUACCCAGGGUGUACCCCGUAUCAAGGAGAUCAUCAACGCCAAUCCAAAAAUAAGUACUCCCAUCAUCACAGCCUCUCUGGAGAUCGACACGGAUCCUGAGUACGCGAGACGAGUUAAGAGCCGAAUUGAGAAGACAACUCUUGGCGAGAUUACCGAGUACAUCGAGCAAUUAUACCUGCCCGAUGAUUGUUUUUUGCUGUUGAAAAUCGACGUCGAUAGAAUAAAACUGUUGAAGCUGGAGGUUGACGUUCAGUCCAUUCGCUACUCGCUCUGCACCUCCAAGUUCAAGAUACUCCCGAAGAAUGUCGAAGUUCAUGGCGAUUCCAUUAUCAUCAUACGUCCGAAUAGACAGAAAAAUAACAAUCUUAGUCAUAGUUUGACUUUAUUAAAGGAUCAAGUGCCGAACGUUAUCGUCAAAGGUAUCGCUUCUGUCUCGCGAGCUGUUAUUCACAAUGACGACUCGAGUGGUGCGACCCGAUACACGCUCCUAGUUGAAGGCGACAAUAUGAGAGAAGUGAUGGCAACUUUGGGAGUCAAUGGAAUUAGGACCACUUCCAACAACACGAUUGAAGUUUUCCGCACGUUGGGAAUUGAAGCCGCUAGAGCAACUAUCAUGACCGAAAUAAAGUUAGUCAUGGAAAAUCACGGAAUGAGUAUUGACCGCAGGCAUCCGAUGCUCGUGGCAGACUUAAUGACUGGUCGAGGCGAGGUUCUAGGAAUUACCAGGCAGGGUUUGGCAAAAAUGAAGGAAUCAGUAUUAAACUUGGCUUCUUUUGAAAAAACUGCUGAUCAUUUGUUUGAUGCAGCCUAUUAUGGACAAAAAGAUGCCAUUUGUGGAGUUUCAGAAUCCAUUAUCAUGGGAAUCCCAGUACCAGUGGGUACUGGCAUUUUUAAGUUACUGCAUAAAGCUGAAAAGGACCCAGUGCAGACGCGGGCAUUGUUGUUUGAUUCUGAAAAGUAUCACAAGAAAGUUCCUACAUCGUAAAUAUUUUUUUUGUAAUUAUUUAGCAACUUGUAAAUAGAACUUUUAUCUGGUUUUUGCUAUGAGAAAUUCAUGUGACAUAAUACCAUAAAAUUGUUAUUUAUCUUUAUUUUUCACGAUAAUAAGA